UGAUCAGCUGAAAACAUUUUUGUUUUAUCUCGAUAGUUUUCUGAAAAAAAAAAGCCAACAACGAAAAAAUUAUAAUUUUAUAAAAUUAGUUCUUUAGUUUAUAAGAAUACCAUAAUUACGUUGAGAAUGUCCUUAAAUAUACUCUGUAAGAAACUGGGUUACUAAUAUACAAAUAGUUUUAGGAUGAAAACACAUUGGUUUAAAUUUCAAUAAACAUAAAAAGUGAAUAAUUUGCUGCAACAAUGAAAUACAAAAUACUAAGUUGGAUAUUGGCAAUUGUUGCUGUGUUGACUCAUGUUUUCGGUUUGUUUAACAUAAUCCUGUUUGUACUUCUUAUUCUUUUAUUUUUAUUUGGCAUGCUAAUAAUUUUGUAUACUAAUGGUGGUGAUCCAGAAUUAUGGCAAAAAGAAAUGCUUAAAUUUUUAAAAUAUUCUGAAAAGUCUAGUAAUCCAUUGGAAUCGACACCAGAAGGCCAACGACUUGGCCUGAACUUGGCUGGUGAUCAGAAACAAAUUUUAUUAAUCGCACCUAAAAUUAAAAUUCAAACUGAAUCAAAAAAAUCGUCAAAGAGUUCUGCACAUAAGCAGCAGCAAUUUAUUCAUCAUCCAUUGCUGUUUGGUAGUAGUCAUCAUCCAUUGGAGAUGACAACUACUACAGCAUCACCAUCGCCCUCCUCUGGUCAUAAAAAAAGUUUCAUAGAUUCAGGGAUUGAAAUGUUAUUUAAAAAGACUGGUAAAAGUUCUGCUAUAAAAGAAGGUCAUCAUUUAAAUUUAGAAAGUCAACAUCCUAGUUCGAAAUCGUCUGGAGCACAUGCAUGUGGGGGAGACACGGAUAGAAAAUGGAAACCAUUUGAAACAAUAAAAAUUUAUGGUGAUAAAAAGUUUGGUGGAAGUCAAGAAAAAAUUAACAAAGAAAACAUUCAAUUUGGUGAAGAUAUAGCAUCUGCCAGUUCCACACAUUCCAGUUCUUCCAAUUUAUCUGGCAUACAACCUUACAAUUAUACUAUUACAAUAGAAAGCGACGCACAUUUAUUAGAUGAACAUGGAUCACCCAAAAAGAAAUUUAAAGCUAUGUUAACUGGAAAUAAAAAAAUUGAUCAACUUUUACAUACUAUUAUUGAUUAUAUAAUCCGGGAUUUUAUUGAUUCAUGGUUUUGUUCAUUAUCUGACAACAAAGAAUUCGGUGACUUUCGUGUACGCAAUUGUAUAGAAGAAAGUGUAACAAAUAUUUGCAACCGUAUUAAAAAUGUAGAAUGGAUUCCUUUAAUGACAACAAAGCUAAUAGAUGACAUCGCAGUUCACACAAAAUUCUACCGCUUGGCAAAUCAAGCUAUCAGAUCUGAAGAUAAGACGAGUGAUUCAUCUUUACCGCAAAGAAAAAGUAAAAAAAACCAACAUAAAAGAAAUAAAAGUGAUACAGAUCUCAAUUGGCAUUUCAAUCAGUCAUCCGCAAGCCAAAAGAGUGUUGCUAAUUCUAAAUUUUACUUAGAAGUUCCAGACGAGAAAGUCCUUUUAGAUCCAGAAGCAAAUUUGCUAAAUGCCUUUUUUAACCAAUGUGAUCAAUUUAGAAAAGAAUGUAGUGACGAAAUAGCAUUAGAAAAGUAUUUAACCCGUAUAACAGAAACUAUUUUGUACUUUACAUUGCCAGAGGAAGAUUUUGCAUGUAUUCCCUUAAGAACAUUUUUAAGUACUUUAUUAGCCAAUGUUGUAUUAAAACCCUUUUUAAAAAUGGUAUCAGAUCCUGAUUUUAUUAAUUUAGAAGUUGCCAAAUUGAUUGCUAAAGACACAUUACCUGUAGAAUACUUCAUUAAAGCGCUUCAACAAAGUAAUGAUCUUUCAGAAUUACGUGCAUGUAGGCAAUUGAUAACAAAAGAAAUGAAUGAGAAAUCUAAGGAACCAUUGAAGGCAAAGGAUUCUUCAAUUAUGUCCGAAAUAAAUAGUUUACGAGAAGCUCAAAAUAUUAUAGAUAAAAGAAUAACUCAACUACAAAAAAAAGAUACAUUAGCACACGAUGAAGUCGAUAGUGAUAUUGGGGCAAAAAAGUUGCCUAUUUUAACAUUGGAUGAGCUUUUAUUCAAGGAGUUAGCACGAUCAUAUUUUUUAGAUUAUUUAAGUACUCUUAAUUUGCAAAAAUAUGUGAUAUUUUAUUUAAGAGCUGACGAAUGGAAGUGCAUUGCCAAACAUUCAAUAGUUGAAUUACAAAGUAACCGUAGUAAAAGUUCAAAAGAAGAAAUUUAUUGUAAUUUAAAGGAAAGAGCUCAAAACAUUUAUAUAGAGUACCUGCAAGCUUCAUCUAACAAUUUCAUACAAAUAGACCAAGGAUUAAUAGAAGCACUUUCAAUUAAGUUGAAAGAUCCAACGAUAGUUCCAGAGCCAGUGUGGUUUGAUUCAAUAUGUAAAUUUGUUUACGAAAAGUUAAAAAAUGAAGAGAUAUUUUUGUCAAAAUUUUAUCAAAGCACAUCUUAUAAAAAAUUGCUUCGUGAACUAGAAGUAUGUGUUGAUGACGUUAGUACUCAUUCAUCUCAUGAUAUACUAGGAGGCUAUUUAGACAAUUAUAGUGAAUUUCCUGAACAUUGUUUGGGAAACUUGGGCGGUGGAAGUGGUGGUAGUGAUUCUAAUUCUGGUGAUAUAAAUUUUGAUGAUGAUAUGUUAGAUUUAGUCGUUCAUACAACAAGCGGUAGUGGUGGAACAGGUCCUCAAAUGCAAAUUCAAAAUAUCGAUCCAUUAAGAGCGGACCAAACUGAUCAAAGCGUAUUACCUUUCAAAUCAAAUAAAUAUCCGUCUGUUCAGAUUCCUCCAGCAAUGCCAAAGCCUUCAAAAUUAGAUGGAGCAAAAGUAAUGACACCAGAUUUGCUUGAUAUAACGUAUAAACAUUCCAGAUCACAUAGUGAUUGUACUGGUAUAAAUCCAUCAAUGUUUUCUGAUUUAAGUGAUAGCGGUAGUUCAAAUCAAUCUUUAAGUCCUUAUCAUGGGCAACAUUUACAAUUAUCAGAAGAGCAACAACAACGCGCAAAAAGUGCCCCCACACAAAGAAAUCAUGAACAAUAUUUGGCUAGCCGUCCAAAAAUUGCUGCAAAAAUUAUUAAUACUGCUAUACUAAACGAAGGUCAAUAUGCAGUAUAUGCGGUCCACGUUACGGUAGUUGAAGACAAGGAAGAAAAAAGUUGGCACAUUUACAGAAGAUAUUCUAAAUUUUUAGAACUAAAAAAGAUGCUGGUUAAAAAGUAUCCACAAGUAGCUCGGUUACCUUUCCCAGCAAAAAAAGCUUUUCAAAAUACACAAAGAGUCGUUUUAGAGCACAGAAUGGUUUUGUUAAAUGAAUUUUUAAGAUUUUUAUGUGAAUGGUCAGAGAACAAUGCUGGCUUAAUGAAAAAUUUGCGAGAUUUUCUGGAACCAGACACGGAUGAUCGGAAAAUUCACGGUGGAGCUAUGGAAAGAACUAUUGAAACACUAGUAAACCCUUUGAAAAGUGGAAUGCGUACAAUAAGAAGUAUGCCAGAUACAUUAGUAGGUGGUUUCUCAAGAAUGUUACUUGGAAAAGGCCCUCUAAAGGAACAAACUUUGCUUGAAAUUAAUAUAGAGCAAUCGGAAUACCCGGCACUAAAUUCGGCAAUUCACUUACUAGAUGAAGUAUUUGAUUUGCAAGCCAGAUCACAGUGGUUACGUCGUGGUAUAAUUAAUAGAGUGUUAGGAGCACCAUGGGUUAGUCAAACAGCUAAUAAAAAAAUUGUCCACCACGCUAAAUCCUUAAUUGAAUUAGAGAAAAUUGAACAGUUGUUGGGAAGCGUAAUUAAAAGUAUAUGGCCGGAUGGUAAAUCAUUUCGUAAGAAUUCACCUCGUGACGAUACUACAAAAUUACGUACUAGAGUUGCAGCACAAAUGUCAUUAUUCACUUUAUUAUUUGAUGAUUUAAAACGUGUAGUUGGCUCAGAAACUACACGUCACGGUCUUUUAAAUUUAUUUGAAAUGUGGCAACAUGGAAAACUUAAUUUACGUUUAGCUUUGAUAUUAUUAAAUGAUGUAUUAACAUGUGUGUAUAAAGUUGAGAGUAUGACUGCUCAUGUCCAGAAGGAUGAAUAUUAGAAAUUUAGAACAUUAUUAUAAUUAUAAGCAUAAAGAAAUUACUAUAUAUUAUACGAUAUUAAAAUUAGAUUAAAAUAUUUUUUUAAAAAAUUGUAAUUUAUAUGUAUUUAGGAUUGUGCAAUUAUUUAGCUGAAAUUUUAUUUUCAAAUUGUAUUGUAUGUAAAAUUGUAAGAAUUUAAUUUAUUUAAAUAAGUUAAGAUAUAUUUGAUAAUUUUGAUGUAGUAAUUUUGCUAAUUUAAUAACAAUUUAUUUUUACCAUUUUAAGUAAUAUAUUUUAAAAAAGAAUGUUUUGUAUUAAAGUUUACAGGAAAUAUUUUUUUAAGUGCAAUAGUGUUAUACCGUUUAUUAUACAAUAUAGCAAAAAGUUCAAUUGUAAUAAAUUUAUUUGAAAACAAAAGAAAAGAAUUUUCUUUGUAAAUUAAUCAUGGCAAACGUUUUCAUAAUUAAAUU